CUUCAGUUCAUUUCUGAACCCAAGUAUCGACGAGAGUCAGUCAAAGCUUCUUCCCAGAUCAUCGAGCGAAACCCGAUCAAUAACGAUUGGCAUUAAAUGCCUACCGGACUACAGUGACAAAAAGAAAAACAUUUAAUUGGUUUUAUAGUAAAAUCAAGGGAAAUAUUUCCAAAUUAACGAAAUAUUCCCAGUUAUAAUUUAAAACGAAACUCGGUCUUUGCCAUUUGAAUGCUGCUGCAGCUGAGCCAAACAAUCAACAACCUCGAUCAGCAUUUGGAAGAGUGCUGGAAUCAGAAGAACAUUCUGAGCAACUUUGAUAUAUUUUCAGUUUUGAGUACCAUUUCCUUAAGCACUAUUAAAAUGGCCGCCAUUCCCCAAGGUGCCUUCGCAGCCUGCAAGCUCCGUGAGCAAUACAACGAACGCGAAAUGAUCGUGGCCCGUUUGAGGUCCGCUGCAUCAUCUGACAAGGGUUCCCUUGACAACUCACUAGCUCAGCGCGACUAUUCGCCCAACAAGUACAAUGACAAGCUGAUGAACUCCAUCUGGGGCCUCUACAAUCGCUAUUCUCCCCACAACGUGAAGAAGAACGAGUAUGCUCCCACCAAGUGAUGACCUAAUCGGGGGCCCUGCAGUUUCCUAAAAGGUCUAACUGCAGUCCCCCAAAAUCCGCCAGAAUUUCUGGCAAAGAAAAACAAUAUAUAUCCUCAACUAUAUAAUCUCAUAUCUAUAAACAUUUGGUAACAAAUAUCAAUUUUAUUAUUUUAUGUUUGUUUGUUUUGUAAAAUUCAAUAAAUACUUAUGAUAUUGUAUGUAAAGGGA